AUGCUCACACAAGACCAAUGUGACCAGGCAUUCCCCGAUCUAUACGCCGAACUUGAUCGCGCCAGGGAUGAUCGCAAAUCUCGUCCAAUAUCUCUCAAGGAACUGGAUGCGAUCCCAGCCCGAAAUGGAUACAUUCGAGCUAUGAUAUAUGAUCAGCAGUUGUAUGUGAUCGACAAGGAAGGCUCCAUUUGGUCCCGAGAAAAAGCUACACUGUCUGCGAUAAAUCGAGCGAUCCUUUCAUCGCCAGAGCCGCUCCCUAAUAUUGAAUUCGCUUUCAAUACAGACGACUCGGUUGAUGAAUUACCCCUCUGGGGAUACGCCCGUCGCGCAAAAGACAAGUCUAUCUGGCUGAUCCCGGAUUUCGGAUACUGGUCCUGGCCAGAGACUAAAGCUGGGUCUACACGCGAAGUUCAAGCCAAGGCUGAAUGGGCGGAAGAGGAAGGGCUGACUUGGAGUAAUAAAACUGCCAAGCUGCUCUGGCGUGGAGUGCCGAUCAUGGGCCCAACGAUCCGGGAUAAGCUUAUUCAAGUGACGAAAAACAAGUCCUGGGCGGAUGUGAAGGCCCUUGUGUGGAACGACAAGGACAGUCUGAAAAAUGACUACAAGACUAUGCCGCAGCACUGUGAGUAUCAAUAUGUCGCGCAGACAGAAGGGAAUACGUACUCUGGCCGUCUGAAGUAUCUCCAGAGUUGCAGGAGUGUGGUUGUCUCGCACGAGCUGGAGUGGAUCCAGCACUACUAUCAUCUUAUGAAGUCGUCAGGGCCCGAGCAAAACUUCGUCCAGGUGAGGCGUGACUGGUCAGAUUUGGAACAACAGAUGCAGCAACUUUUGUCUCAUGAUGAUGAGGCCAGACGAAUUGCGGAUAACAGCGUUCAAAUUUUCCGCGAGAGGUAUCUCACUCCUGCAGCGGAGGUGUGCUACUGGCGUCGGUUGGUGCGGGAGUGGAAGAAGGUCAUCGAUUUCGAGCCUGAAUUCUUCAAAAUGGUGGAUGGGAAGAAGGAAUGGAGAGGUAUUUCCGUGGAGAGUUUCUUAUUGAUGGGAGAGGUGGAGUAUGAUCCCCGGUGA